AUGCAUACUCCUCCAGCUAUUCCAGUCUUGUCGGGUGUGGCCGUUGCCAGUGCUGCUUACCUGGAAAAGCCUAAAGCAGCCGCUUAUUUUAUCUUCCCGGACCUUUCGGUUCGACACGAGGGCUGGUAUCGACUGAAGUUCUCCCUAUUCGAAGGCAUCAAGCAUCAGUGUGAUGCUGAUGUUGAGAACCCAUUCGUCCGUACUUCGCCAGCAAUGGGAAAUGCAGACACAGCUCCAGUUCGUCAUGAGGGCAUGGCAAAUCGGCUUGAGGUCCAAACGGUUCCAUUCCAGGUCUACAGUGCCAAGAAAUUCCCCGGUCUAAGUAGUAGCACCGCUCUCAGUAAGCUCGUUCAAGAACAAGGUUGCAGAGUCCGGAUUAGGAGGGAGAUCAGACAGAGAAAACGGCCACAGAAGCAAGAGCCGGACAUGGAAGAUGGCCGCAGUUCUUACCAGGGCACUCCUCAGAUCUCUUAUCGCACGAUGGAACACUCUCGAUCCGUCAGCCGGAACAGUUUCGGUAGCCAGGGUGAAGCUGAGGAUGCGAGAAGAGCUUCGAUGGACAGCAUCUACGGCCGCCCACCUAAUCCAAGCCGCCAGUCCUCCAUCGUCAGCAUGCCCGGCAUGCCUAUGACAAGUCCUUCCUUGCGGAAUAUCACACCAACACCUUCCAUGCCGCCUCCUCCACCUACAUUCAAUCAAUCAUUGAUCCAUCGGCAAGCACCAGAAGUCCCAACCGCUCCAGCACCAUAUCUGCCUGCUCCAGCUCCAAAAUCAUAUCCCCCGACUACUCCUACGAUUAGCCACCCACCAUCGUGCAUGAGGUCCAUAACACCAGAGCAGAAGAACGCGCUGACUCUCCCACCUCUUCAACUUGAUCGCGGGGCGGGAAGGUCCUUCAACUCCAUUACUCGCCAGUGGAACUUGCCUGAACCAUUGCCCACAAAACGGACUCGCAGUCCGCAUGGUUACAACUACAGCGCGGCUAUGAAAGCAGGCGCUCGGCCUGACCAACCCCGUAAUCAGACAUACUCAGCUCCACUUCCUGGUGCCAACGAUAUCAUUGAGCCCGACACUGAAGCUGAUGGUCACGAACAAGACUACGACUAUGAAGAUCCUGCCAUGCAGAAUCAUUAUUACACCCGUGCAGAUGGCACCACUGGCUGUAAGCCUUGGCCUUCUCCAGCACAGACGCGUGUGCACUAUUGA